UCCUGAAGAACAGAAGCCUGAUGUGGACCAGCAGGACCAAGAACACCUCCACAUUAAAGAGGAAGAGGAGGAACUGUGGACCAGUCUGGGAGCAGAGCAGCUCAAUGUGAAGGAGGAGACUGAUGCCACCAACUUUACGUUCACUGCAGUUCCUUUGAAGCAUGAGGAUGAUGAAGAUAAACCUCUGUUCUUACAGCUUCAUCAACACCAAGCUGACGUCAGAGAUCUUCCAACCAGCAGCUCAGCUCAGGAUUCUGACUCCUCAGAAACUGAAGUCAGUGAGGAUGAUGAAGAGGAUUCUGACUCCUCAGAAACUGAAGUCAGUGAGGAUGAUGAAGAGGAUGAUGACAUGAACAAUCCUGACUCUGAGCUUAAACAUGUAGCAGACUCUGGAUCAAAAACUGAAGACACUAAUAAAGACUGUGAGACUUCUCCCAGCAGGGUUCCUGAAUCAGGUGUAAAGAACAACAGCAAAGAACAGAAGCUGUUGUGUUGUGAGCUGUGUGGGAGAAGGUUUACCAGAAAGGGCUAUUUAAACACACACAUGAGAAUCCACACAGGACAGAAGCCAUUUUGUUGUGAGCUGUGUGGGCUAAGUUUUACCACAAAAAGCCAUUUGAACAGACACAUGAGAAGCCACACAGGAGAGAAACUAUUUUGUUGUGAGCUGUGUGAUCAAAGGUUUACCAAAAAGGGCAGUUUAAACACACACAUGAGAAUCCACACAGGACACAAACCAUUUUGUUGUGAGCUGUGUGAUCGAAGGUUUACCACGAAGAGCCAUUUAAACUCGCACGUGAGAAUUCACACAGGAGAGAAACCAUUUUGUUGUGAGUUGUGUAAUCGAAGAUUUACCACAAAGGGCCAUGUAAACAGACACAGGAGAAUCCACACUAAAAACAAAGCACUCACAUGACUCCUAAGUUGAAACCACAGAGGAAACAUCAGUUUGUCUUUACACACACUUAAAAUAAACUAAGGCUAUGUUGCUUUUUAACAAGUUAUGAAAGUCUAGAUGAUGAGGAUGAUGCCAUGGCUCUGGAAACUUCAAUAUGUUAGUUGACAGCAUUAGAGUGAUUACAGACACACCUGUGUACACAUUUUAAGGCUGACCCUAAACACUGUUUGUGUGACACCCCAGGAACAAUUAAAAGAAAUCAGUCCUGAUAURAGGAAGAAAACUGUUGACCUGCACAACCCUGGUUCAUCCUUGGGUGUGUAUGAACGCCAUAGUUAAUGGUCUGAACUGAAAAGAGCAGCCUACAGACAGGGGUGGCUCCAGUGGGGGGCAUGGGGGGGGUCUCAAGAUCCUGCUGAAAACAGCCAUGCCCCUCCUUAUGUCCCCCCCACUUUCCAUGGGUGUAACAUGGUGGGACAUGCCUCCCGCACUUUCCGAGUCUGUACCCUCUGUACCCCGCUUUAUUUCAGCUGUUACAACCAUUUAAUCUAGUGUUAACAUGGCGUAACUUAUUUUUUCGAGCCGUCUUUAAACGCACCAUUGCGCAAGCUCACGGAGACGCGCUGAUGAUUUUGUUGUUUAUAUGAUCCAAAGUCGCGGGGGCGGUGCGGCUGCGUUAGCUAGCUGCAAAGACACGGCAACAGCUGCAACGCCCCCGCAGCCACAGUUGGUGAAAGGUAAAUAUUCACUGUGAGCAGCCCGGCACAAAAUUGGGAAAGACGGUAAAAGGAGAGCAGGUAAAACGAACUAACAUGUCUAAAAGUAAGGAGAAAGAGAUGGCUGGAGCAGAAAAGCUGAGGGGGAGAAAAGAAAAGGUCUGCAAGAUCCAGCCAAAUGCGCCAAAUUAACAGAACUUUUCUGUGUGGAGGGACCGAAAACAGACGGGCCAGUGAUGACACCGAGCAGCAUGACGCAUGAGUCCAGGUUAGCAAGCACUGUUUAAAUGUUUCUAUCAUCCAGACUUGGUUUGUGUGUUUCUGGCUGUGUUCAGGGCUCACAGAACAGCCUAUCAGAAAUGUUUCACCAUAUGUGCAUAAACCUUUAUACUGCUUUAUCAACUAAAACAAAAAUCAACCCAUACUGACCAGAAAAAGACACGUUUCAUUAAAGCAUAUUUCAGGAAAUAGACUUUGUUCUGUUUCUACAUUAAUAUAACUAURUUUGCUCAAGAAAAUUACAUUGCAGUGAGUCUGAUCACUCUGUGUGUGGAUAAUUUUCCUCAUGCUGUAGGCCUAUUUGAAUUGAACUCUCUGCAAAAGUUUUAGCUGAAAAGUCCAGAGUCAGCCAUGGAGUUGAUUCCAGUCAUAGAAGUGAAGAGGAGGAGGAAGGGCCAGGUGAGGAGAUGGAAGAGAAGGAGAAUGAGAAAGAUGAGAGGAAGCUGGAAAGUGGAGCAGGAACCAGUAAAAAAGCAGGGCCGGGUACAUGUGCAGUGUGCAGUACUGUUCUUAUGAUGGGUUUUGUAUUAAAUUAUAUUAACAUUUUGAGAUCUGAGGAUUGUAGUCUAAAUCUAGUCUUUUUGGCAUUUGAAACAGGCUGAAAAUUUCACAAUUUACAUUCAAACAUGUUUUUCUUUCUUCUGACUGAUCUUAAAAUGAGUUUUAUUUAGUAAGGAUUCACACUCACUAACAUGAUGAUCUAAACUGAUUUUAAUACAUUUGUUUUGGUCCACAAAUGUGUACAAGGUAUAAAAAUAGGUAAAUCUACAUCUUUAACCACAGAAGACUCUGUGGAUAAAAAUAUUUCACCAGAUUUUUCAAGAGAAAGUGAAAGUAUAUGUUUGAUGGUGGGCGUAACCGCUAUAGGUACUGGGUGGGACAUGUCCCCCUCACUUCCAAUAUCUGUGCCCUCUGUCCCACUUUUUUCAGCCGAAGCAGGAAAAAAAGACCUUUAAAAAUGUGUGUGCCCCCCCCCACACUAUUAAGACGGUGAUCAUGCCUUGGUGUGACAGACUAAUUUUGGACUGAAAUGCUGGGAUCUUACGAGGCUCCAGUCUCACAGAAAUAUUAAGCACAUAUAUCUACCUCUGCAAGUUAUGCUAGUGGCUUUCUGAAUUAGAUAAUUUAAUUUCCCAUUGGUAAUGAGCUAUUUAUAAUCUUCAUUAUUACUGAUUUUCUCUUAAUGCUGAUAAAGCAGCACAAGACACAGAAGGAAAUGGAUGGACAGAUAUGUUAGGGUGUUAUAGGUCUAUCUUUUGAGGUUGGUUUUUGUUUCCCAGCAUUUGCUUUGAUAUUUAAGAUAAGUUGUUUGUAGUUGAUUGUAGAAAAAACAGUGUUUUAAUCCUGCAAAUAAUGAAUCUGUGUUGAAAUUAUGUUUCUGCUUGCAUCCGUUGUGCGGUUAGAUWAAAAGCCUCUCUAAACCAAGCUCCRGGGCUGAAUUUUAAACCCAGCCCGCCCCUGCAGAUAGAUACGGAUAAGAAAAGGAACGGUGUUUGGAGAAGAGAUACAGGAGUGACUAACAGAUUAUUGAGGAAGGUUUUGCAAUUCCAUAUCAAAUUGUACACUGUGCUGCAGCAGAUUUCACUGAGGUACACUCUUGUAAAGUUGUUUUCUGUAGUUUGUUUGAGUUUCUUGUUUGACAUUUGUUGAAUCAUUAAAAGCUGUUAACAUGU